CUACACUACACACGGAUGCCCCCAUGCCAACACUCGAGGAGGCGCUCCGGCGGAUCCAUCUUGAGCUCCAUCGCGACGCCGACCGGCACAACCUCACCGAUCCACACAGCCUCGGUCCGGCGGCCGUCAGCUGCGUCGCAGCCGACGGCGAGGGCAGCGUCGCCGAGGUUCUCUCGCUGUCGGUCGGUGGCUGGCCCGGCGGCAUCGAGACGGGCAUUGCGAUCCGGUCUCUCUCAAAGAUGAUCAUCAGCGCCGCCUUCCUCGCGCUGGUGGAGCGGGGCAGCACGCCGCUCACCAUGGCCAGCACCCUGUCUCAGUUCGUGCCGGAGUGUGCCGGCUCAUCGCUGGCGCACGCGAACGCCAGCAGCCUUCUCUCGAUGCGAUCCGCGCUCGACAACCGUCUCAACGCCGCCUGGCAGUCCGUGGCCGGCAUGGACGACCACGCCGCCUUCCCUCCCGUCUGCGACAGCCUCGGCCUCUCGCCGUAUGAGUGCGCUGCCACCGUCGUCUGCCCAGCCUACCCCGCCGUCGCGGAGGCCGCGCCGGUCCUUCCCGCGCAGCUGCGGGGCGCGCUCGACGCCGAGGGCUCCACCUGCGAGGACACGCACCAGUCGUGCGCCAGGUGGGCCUUGGCUGGUGAGUGCCGUGCGAACCCGUCCUACAUGCUGCCCGCGUGCGGCGCCGCGUGCGGCGCCUGCAGGCGCGGCUCGCAGCACACCGCCGCGUCGCUCGGCGAUCGGGCUUGGUGGCAGCGCGCGGACGACUCAUCGCCGCGCCUCGGCCCGACGCACCGCUGCCGGUACGACAACUUCGGGCCGUCGUUAGUCGACGCGAUG